CUCCCUCUCUACCGAGACCACCACCAUCACCAACUCUGCUUCGCCGUAGCAGCAGCUCAUGCAGCAGCAGCACAAGCCGAAGGCGGCGGCAGAUCCAGCCGACGCGACAGCUCGUCCGCGCCGCUUCUCCUCCUGCUCCGGCUCGGAAUCAGCCGCGAUUGCCUCGUCGGGACUCCCCCGGAUCCGCUCCCGGAAUGGAUAGAGAAGCCAAGAAAGAGGCGUUCAGAAAGUAUCUUGAAUCCAGCGGUGUGCUUGAUACUCUCACAAAAGUUCUUGUUGCAUUAUAUGAGGAGAAUGACAAGCCUUCAUCUGCGGUCGAGUUUGUUCAGCAGAAACUAGGUGGACCAUCAAUAUCGGACUAUGAAAAGCUCAAAGCUGAGAAGUUGGAUUUGCAAUUAAAGUAUACUGAGCUUUUAGAGACACACAAGGAAACAUGCAGACAGUUGGAUGAACUUAAGAAUUUGAAGAACAGGAGUGGAAACGAUGGGUGUUGACGUUGUAGAUGUAUGAUCAAACAUGAUUAUUCAUCUGCAUCCAUUACCAGGUUCUAUGCAUAGUGAUGAAAUUCGCCGAGUUCACAUCAUCCACCACGCAUUGUAUCAUAUUUUACAAGAACUUUGGCCAUGUGCAUUCUAGAUGGAGAGGCCAGGGAUGUAAUCCAUCUUCCUUAACUAAAAAUGUAUCAUAUUUUUACUCCUCUUGAUCCCUUCACAUACCAGAGCACCCAAAUGCAUCCAUUCUCGAAUUCGGUCAGAGCAUCAGAUUGGUCACUACUAUCUUCAUGGCUGAAAUAUUAUCCUGGGGCAUAUGAUUAAGAGUUGAUACUUUGAGAGAAAAAUCCGCUCUGUUGUAAUUGUAAAGCAAAUGCCAAUUUGUGGCUUCAAUAGAAUUGGCUGGAAAUUUUCCUGGUC